CCACCACCACGAUGAGUACACGCAAAGAUGAUCCCGUAUUCAAUGUGAAAUUUGUGCAACUGGUAGAAUCGAAACCGUGCCUGUGGAAUUCAACAUUGCCCGAGUACAGCAAAAAAGACGAAAUCCAAAAAGCUUGGCAAGAGGUGGCCAACGAAACAAAAGAUACGGUUCGAAAUUGCCGUGAGAGAUGGCGCACAAUACGCAGCAGUUUUCUACGUUCAUUGAAACUUUCACGGACAAGUACUGGCCGCGGCAAACGUAAAUAUUAUCUCUCAAAGUACUUGCAAUUUCUGAUACCGUAUACAAAGACCCGCCUUAAAAACAGUGCCAGUAUUAUAGCUCAACGGAAGGCAGCAGCAUCCGGUAACAUUCCGCCUAUGACACGUAUAAGCAAUAUGCCCACCGUUAGUAGUGAUGAUACCAAAGAUUCCAGCAAUUCAGCAGAUGUUGCAGCCAUAACUGAAACCGAUGUUAUUGUUGCGACAAAUGAUGGGGGGACAAUUGGCAAUAGCAUUACGCAGUUGUCAUGGCCGCAGCCUCUAAAUUUACAAGCCAUAAAACAGGAGAAAGAUACAGUAUGUAGUGGGCCACAAACAUUAACAUCGAAUGUCACAGUUACAAGUGCAACAUUCAAUGCACCUGCAGGUGGUAUAGCACCGAACGGAAAUUUGCCACACACAAGUAGUUCCGGCACAACAUGCAUACCAACGACAACAAAUAACCUAAAUAGUGUUAGUGGCAUUAAAUGCAACACCUUCAAACCGGUAUCCACUAAUCCAGCCGUUAAUAGUUCAUUUCAACACCCGACAGAUAACCGAAAUCCAAGUGGAGCCUUGGAUUUUACAGAUUUCACCGAGUGGUUUAAGUGCCGAAAUGAGUAUCAGCGCCAAUUUCAAUUGGCAUCACCGAUGCCCGAUGCCGAUCAAUCUUUUCUUAAUAGUUUACUGCCCUACCUGAAGGAGAUGUCCGGCAAACAGAACAGACGUUUUCGUCAAAAGGUGGUUGCACUAAUCGAUAACAUUCUUGAUAAUGCGGAUGAAGUUGGAACCAUCGUUUUGGAAUAAUGCGG